UGGACGACACUACCUCGCAUGGUCUCGCGAGAGUUGAGGACACGGAAGGGCAAAAAUACGAAGAUGGCGGCCACUUUUGGGAUUCUCCGCCUUGCGAACCGCAACAUGUUGCUGAGCCCCCAGCUGAUGACGCGGCCCUUCGUGGCAUCUGGUCUCGUCCACCGCAACCGGUUACAGCCAGCUCCUACUACCCAGUUUCACACAUCGCCUCGGAGUCUGGCUGCCAUGGCAUCAUCUCACUGGAACGCUGAGCGUGUGCUGGUGCUAGGCAUGCUGGGAAUCUUCCCGCUGGCCUAUUUUGUUCACAACCCCGCCAUGGACUACUGUCUGGCAACUGCAGUGGUCCUGCACGGGCACUGGGGUUUUGAGCAAAUCGUGACAGACUACAUCCAUGGCCCCCUCCUGCCCCGCCUCUCCAAGAUGGCGCUGUACGGAGCGUCAAUCCUCGCCUUUGCUGGGCUGUGCUACUUCAACUACAACGAUGUCGGCAUCACCAAGGCCUUGUCUAUGAUCUGGCACGACUUGUAGUGUGGUAGACUGGUGUGAGAGUAUGUCUGUGUUGCUGUAUAUCAAAUAAACAUUACAAAAGAGUCUGAAUAAGCUGAAUAAACACUUUGGAGCAGAAGAGCUUGUACAACUGAUCUUCAAGCACUUAUAGGGGGAGGUAUUAUCUAAAAAACAUGUAAAAACAGCUCUAUUGUAGAAGCUUUGUUGCUGUAUAUCAAUUAAACAUUACAAAAGAGUGUGAAUAAGCUUAUUGUCAACACUUUGGAGCAGGUGAGCUUAUAGACCAGUAUGUCAGACUACUUGGUGCUUUGCUUUGCUAUUGAUUGUCUUACAUAAAAUGUCUGUAUAUCAAUUAAACAGCACAAAAUUCUGAUGUCUUUAUUAGCAUAUUGUCAACACUUUGGAGCAAAUAAGCUUAUACAAAUGGAUGGCAGGCUACAUGGUGCUUUGCUUUGCUAUUGAAUGUCUUACAUAAAA